AUGGUAGCCAGUUCAUUACAAAUAGUUGUUAUUGGCGCAGGGCUUAUUGGACCACGUCAUGCCCAACAUGUUUACCAGAAUCCGCAAACCAAGCUCUUCGGAUUCGUUGAUCCAACUCCAGCUGGAGAUGCUGCAGCUGAAAAAUUCAAAGUUCGUUCCUUUAAGUCCAUUAGUGAGAUGAUUCAGAACUGUAACGAAACAAACACACCAUAUCCUGAUGGAGCAAUAGUAUGUACUCCUAAUUCGCUACACAUUAGUGUUGCAGCAGAAUUAGCAUCUCACGGAAUCCACUUGUUGGUAGAGAAGCCAUUAUCUUCAAGCGCAGAAGAAUCAAAGGCAUUGGAGGAAUAUACGAAGAUGAAGAAUGUUAAGUUAUUAGUUGGUCAUCAUAGAAGAUUUAAUCCUUUUAUCAUAGAAACUAAGAAGAAUUUGAGUAAGGUUGGCAAUAUUGUCGCCGUUCAGGGGGUAUGGACUACCCGUAAAGCUGAUAAAUACUUCGAUGUUUCGCCAUGGCGGACAGACAUCACGACUGGUGGUGGUGCAUUAUUAAUUAACAUGGUACAUGAUAUUGAUUUAUUACAGUACUUGUUUGGACCUGUAGCAAGAGUUUAUGCAGAACCUUUAACGAAGGAAAGAAUUCAAUACCCAAAUGCAGACGAAGGAGCUGCGUUAACUUUGAGAUUUAAAAAUGGUGUCUGUGGUACAUUUAUUUGUUCUGACAGUGUUACUUCCCCCUUCAAUUUUGAGGCUGGCACCGGUGAAAAUCCAACCAUUCCAUUCCAUGAAGGAUUAGAAGGAUUCUACCGUAUUUUCGGGUCAGAAGGCACACUCUCUGUACCAGAUCUUAAUUUAUAUCAUCAGAAAAACAUAAAAAUACCAGAAGAUAAGAGCUGGUUAAGUCCAGUAGUCAAAGAAGCCUUGGUUUCAAACCGUGAACAAGCGUUACAUUCCACGUUACCAUUCGAUUUUCAGUUAGAUCACUUCAUUGAUGUUAUUAAUAACAAGCAGGAGCCAUUCUGUACGGCCGAGGAUGGUAUGUCUGCUUUGCUUUGUAUUGAUGCACUUAUAAAAUCCUUGAAAUCAGGCUUACCUGAAUUGGUGGAAGAUGUAAAUCACAUCUUGCCAAAUUAUGAUUCCUUGGGCUUAGAUGAAGCGAAUCCAGUCCUCUUUAAACAUAAUUAA